CUCAGCUCCGUCUGCGGCAGCCCGCGGUGCCCCACAAACGAAAGCAAAGGUGGCCAGCGGUUCUUUGAACGACCGUGGGCAACCGCACUCGCAACUUGCCGUCGGGCGGUUCGCAAAGACCGACCGCCUGCGGCUGUGGGUGCGCGGCUUGUUCGCCCGCGCUUCCCAUGGCGAAGCUGGAGGACAGGAUGGAGCAGGUGCUGGAGAGGCACAGGCUGGAGAUGAUGCGGCACCUGGAUGCUUGGCUGGAGAGUGUCGAGCAGAGUCUGGGACCACAGGUGAGGCCGAUGCCCUCAACGCCGACGCGGCAGAAGCGGCCCUCGCUGCGCUCCGCGCCCACGCGCGGCGAGGGGCUGUCCGACCGCAUGAACAGCUACGAUGCCGCCCGGCUAACCCACACGCGGGUGGUGGAGGCCUCGGCGGCGGCCUCGGCGGCGGCCACGUCGCAGGUGGAGGCCUUGGAGUCGAUCCCCGAGUCCCCGAAGGCCGCGGUUCUGCGGAGCUGGCAGGAGAAGGUCGGGGCCCUGAUGGCGUCCCAAACCUCCAGCCUCUUCUUCUCCAUGCUGAUCAUCACCAACUCCUUGUUCCUGGGCUUGCAGCUGGAAUGGCAGUCUGCGGCUCAAGACAUCUCCUCCGGGGAGGAGAUCUUCCUGGGGAUCCAUAUCGGCUACGCAGUGGUCUUCUCGGUGGAAGUCUGCCUCAGGCUUUUUGCGGAGGGCUUCUGGCCGUACGUUUGGCAAUCCUCGGACUGGGCUUGGAACUGGCUGGACAUCUUCGUCGUCAGCUCCACCUGGGCUGAGCUGAUUGCGCUUCUGGUGACCCCUGGCACUUCCACCAUGGGCGCCAACCGGAACUUGCGGGCCUUGAGGCUGCUGCGAAUCGGCCGCAUCGUGCGGGUGGUGCGGGUGGCGCGGGUGGCCAGGCUCUUCCGGUCUUUGAGGACCUUGAUCAACUCCCUCAUGGGCACGCUCAAGGCGCUCUUCUGGUCUUUGCUGUUGUUGUGCCUCAUUAUCUACAUGUUUGCCAUUCUCUUCACUGACGCGGUGCUAGAUCAUCGCGCAACAUCGGGCUGGUUGGAAAGCCGAGAUGAGGAGUAUUUGGCCAAGUAUUACGGGGGCAUGUACAACUCUAUCGAGACGUUAUUCAGGAGUAUUUCGAGCGGUCUGACUUGGGAGGAAGCAGCAGACACCCUUCGAGUCAUUGAGAAUGGCGAGUUUUGGGUUCAGCUGUUCCACUUUUACGUGGCUUUCUGCAGCUUUGCGGUCCUCAACGUCAUGACAGGGGUGUUCUGCAAUGCGGCGAUCAAAGCGGCUGAGAAUGACCAUGAGCUGAGGGUAUUGUCCCUGUUGCAAACACGCAAGGAGCUGACAAACCAGGUUCAAAACCUCUUCCACAAGAUAGACGAGCGCGGUGAGGGCCAGGUGACCAUUGGAGAGUUCGAGAAGCAUUUCGCCGACGAGUCGGUGAUGGGAUUCUUCGAGUCCUUGGAGAUUGGGGCCAUGGAUGCCUGGACCCUGUUCAUGAGCCUUAUCAUGCUCCGGAAAAAUGGUGACAACCACCUUUCAAGGCCUGGACAUGGACGGGGACCACACGAUCAGCGUGGAGGAGUUCACGGAGCGGUGCCUGAAGCUCCACGGCCCCGCGCGGUCCGCGGACCUGUUCGCGCUGCGCCAGGGCUCAGAGAAGUUUGGAGUUCAGCUUCUUAACAUCGAGGACAAGCAGCGGAAGCUGGAGAGGCAAUUGGAGCUGUUAGGUAGCGGGGUGCAGCGCGGAUACCUGUAAAUUACCACGAAGAACCUCCAGCAGCUACAGGAACAAGCA